UAAAUUGGAUGCCAAGUUAUGUCAUCUUUUAUUGUUGAAAAUGAAUACGACGAUAACACAUAAGUAAAUAGUCAUUGGCCACCCGGACUACUUUAAAUGAUAAGAAUACAUGGCUGUUGCGGGCCUCGUAAAAUAAGUCUAUUGACCUCGAUCGCCGGAUCUCACGGUGGUUAUCAAAAAAAAAUCGUCUUUGGGAUAGUUGAUUAGAGUUGUCUACAAACAACGAUGCUAAUCAAUUUUGGGUAUACAUUGGGCCAAAAUCAUAUAUGGACCGAGCCGAGCAUAUAACACUAAGCAAUGACAUUCAAAUAAAGUAGGUGAAAUGAAGUCAUCAUGAUGUACUAACCGGCAUCUCUUAAAAAUUUAUCCAGCAUGAAAUUGGUGUUCAUAUUUUAUGAGGUAGAGUAGAUAUGAGUUUCCCACAACACAUUAGCAAAUUUUAACGUCUUAUUACAAGAAAAUGUAUUUAAUCACCCAACUAGACACAUUUAAAGAUAUAUCACAUUCGUAACUUUUGUUUGAAACUCAUUUAUAAUUUAACUGGACUUUGUCUUAUCUUUGAUCCUGUCUAACUGUCUUGACAUCUUUGAGCUUUUGAUUACAUAUAACUUUAUAUAAUAUAAGGUUUAUAUGUAUAUAUAUUACUAUAUUUUUGAAUCUCAUUUCUUGAAAAUGGAUCCAAUAAUGAAAGGAGGAAGCAAAGAGAAAGAAAACAGCUUUGUAUGGUUAGUGAAGGCUCCUUUCCGUAUCUUGAUCAUGGCACGUGACGCCUACAUACGCAGCAUUACGUCAUGUUCCGGUACCGGAAUCCUUACCGGCGGUGGAUCUUCUGGUUUUGGUCAGCUUUCAGGGAACUUCCAAAUCUGCGAUCCACCUAGCACCGCCCUUCCUAGAAGCUUUACCUUAUCGUCCCCGGCACGUGAUCAAGGCUGCCUGACAGGUGGUGGACAGCUUACAACGGCGACGAGACAAUCGUUCCCGUUGGAUCGCCGGAGGAAUUAUAGAUGUGUUGCCGUGAUGGGACGAAUUGACGAGGAGGUUUCUUGUGAUGAUGAGUCUGAAGAAGAUCAUUGACCCAAGAAAGAAAUGAUCUGAAAAGAUUGAUUAUGAUGGUUUAACAUUAAUUUGUUGCAGUUUGAAUCUAUCAAAGUAAAUCUCAACUUAUGUGUGUGUAUAACAAAGCUCUAGGUGAUUCAUAAUAACAUUUUACAUAGCAUAUUGGAAGUCCAUAGCAACACUUUUUUACUUUUAGUUAAAAGUUAAAACACACAUGACAUUAUGAUACACAACACAAUGUACCAUAGUAUUACGAUAGAUACAGUUUAAAAAGGGAAGAAAUAAUUAAUUGACCAACCAAUCAUUUGUUUGACUGAGUAAACGAAGUUGCAAAAACAGGUUUACUUUAGUCAAAAAUACAAUUUUCAACUAAACAAAACUGUUUUUUUUUUUUAAAUAUUAUUGAUGAGGUUUGUAUUUUC